AUCGCCUAUAGUUUUGGUACAGUGUAUUCUUCCACAAGUAGCAAUUGUUUAAGCCACAACUAAAAUGGCCGCAAUGGCUGCACUACAAAGCUCCUUUUGCGCUCUUUCUCUCACCUCCAAUUCCUUCUUGGGCCAGCGCUUCUCACCCCCUCUAUGCCCACCUCUGGUCAAAUCAACAGAGAAGCCAUGCCCUAUUGUUGCAAAGCUCAAGCGAUGGGAGCGGAUAAAAUGCAAGCCAAACAGUCUUCCAGUGCUACAAAAAAUGCAUGUUAAGGUUGGAGAUACUGUAAAACUUAUUUCCGGACGUGAAAAGGGUAAAAUUGGAGAGAUAACCAAAAUAUUUAGACAUAACAGCAUGGUGGUAGUAAAAGAAAUUAACUUAAAGACUAAGCACAUGAAGAGCAGAGAAGAGGGUGAGCCAGGGCAGAUAAUAAAGGUGGAAGCACCUAUUCACAGCUCAAAUGUGAUGCUCUACUCCAAAGAACAGGAUGUGACAAGCCGUGUGGGUCAUAAAAUCUUGGAGGAUGGAAGUCGGGUCCGUUACCUAAUCAAAACUGGGGAAAUAAUUGACAGUGCAGAGAACUGGAAGAAAGUGAUUAAAGAGAGAGAGAAAACAGAAGUAGCUGCUGCUUCUUAGGAGCCCAGCUCGCAUCUCCACCUGUAAUGUAGACUGUAGUUACCGAAACUCUUUAUUUCAUUCCUCUUUGCAUGAUUUAAGUUCUUAGUUUUAACACUUUGUUGAUCCGCAAUUUGCAAGGGAAGUACUGUCCAUGCUGCCGAACAGAAACAGAAACAGAAACUGAAAAUGAGUUUUAUUCUUGUAGUAGAAGCUUAUGAAAUAUUUUGUUUAUCGUUA